AUGCCUAGCAUACUUUAUUGUGUUUUCUGGUUUUACUUCCUUGCGAUCACCUGGUUCUUCUGGAGUUCGGUAGUGUCGGCAUGUUUCAAAAUCCAGAUUAUCCAACACUUGUAUAUUUCUAUGUUGGAUAGACUGUUUUCCUACGCCUCCUCGGCUGUCACAGUAAACGAGAAUCUUAAGAGAAUAAGAAGUGUUGACAGUUUUGAAAACCUUGAUACAUAUGAUGAUGAUUUGAUUGAAAGAGACAUUCAACUAACUGAAGGAGGUGUAAAGGUUAAAAUGCAUCUUGUUCCAGAUCAAAAAGGAUUCAGAUUGCACUACCCAAUAUACUUAGUUAAAUGUGGAAUAGAGGCCAUCAUAGAAGAUUCUGUUACCAAGAGAUUCACAGCUGCGGAGUUAAGAGUAUGGAAUUUCUUGAGCCGCAACCAGAGUUAUGUAUAUGCCAAGAAAGAUAACCAUACCACCCUAAUGAUGCUAUGGCUUGUGGGCCUUAUUGUUCGUUAUGUAAUAUUCUUGCCAUGCAGACUUGUUGUUUUCUUUUCUUCAGUGUUCUUCACAUGGAUUAUAGGUGCUGUGGCUCGAAAGCUUCCUCCUUCACGGUUUAAAAAUUGGUUAUCCACCGAAGGAAUUCAGGCAGCCGUACGGCUUAAUUUGUGUUCAUUCUCGGCAGUUAUUCGUUUCCACAACAGAGAAAACCGCCCUAAGGCGAAUACAAUUUGUGUCGCCAACCAUACGACACCGUUUGAUUGGUGUGUUUUGGCCUCAGAUGUUACCUACGCUGUUGUUGGGCAAAAGCAUGGAGGAUUUUUUGGUUUCGCUGAACGGAUAAUCUCGUGUGCUGUGCCUGCUAUUUGGUUUGAUCGUGAUGAAAUCUUAGAUCGUCAUUCUACAGCGAAAAGGUUAAAAAACCACGCAGCUACACCGAAUGCUGAGCCUAUUCUCAUUUUUCCAGAAGGUACUUGUAUCAAUAAUACAUCAGUCAUGAAAUUCAAGAAGGGUUGUUUCGAAGUGGGCGCUGAAAUUCAUCCUGUUGCAAUUAGAUACAAUCCAUUGUUUGCUGACUGUUUUUGGAACAGCAGUCUAGAUAGUUUAUUCCAGUACAAUUUAAAAAUAAUGACAUCAUGGGCUAUUAUGGUAGAUGUUUGGUAUUUACCACCAACUAGAAAGUCAGAUCAAGAAGAUUCAAUUGCAUUUGCAAGACGCGUACAGUACAGUAUUGCACAAUGUGGUGGUAUGAUUGGAAUGGAUUGGGAUGGCGAAUUAAAACGAAACAGAGCAAAAGACACAUUGAAAUAUGCACAACAAAAAUAUGUUAGUCAAUAUGUUAUACCUGCUGACUCCCAAUCAUCCUCUACAUAA